UUCGUCAGGGCAAGAGAGUGUCUAACGAAAUGUCGCGCGAAUUACGGAAGAUGCCGACAGCGCGAUGCGUCCUCGCUGCAAAGUGCCUCCAAGCCUACUAGGCUAAUCGAGGUUGGCCAAGACGGCGACGGCCAACUUCGACUUGUGGGUGGAGCAUUUCUGGACUGCAAGUGUGCUGCCAAUGGUUAUGUGGCACUAAGCUAUUGCUGGGCGACGAUAAUGAGUACAAGAGAACCAACCAGUGCCAAUGCAGGAACAUCUGUUAUCCAAACGAGUACUGGCUUUUGGCCGCACAGGGAUGAGCUGGCAGUGUUUAGAAGACUCUGUAUUUGGAACAUGGAAGAAGAGCGCGCUGACGGAUUCGACGCAGAUGCUGCCGUCCCCGUCUAAUAUGGCUUACCGCAAUAUGGUGCUUCUUGUCGGCGAGGAUGGCCAGAACCUCGCGCAUCCCGUUAUGGGGGGGAAUUAUUGGAUAUUUGAGAGACCGCUCGACGAAUGGGUCAGACUACGUGAUAACUACGUCCUGCGGAAUUUAACGAACUCGAGCGAUAGAUUUUCUGCCUUCUCUGCUAUACCGAAACAGUUCGCUUCUUACUUCGGUAGUCCGCAAGACUACAUCGCCGGCCACUGGCGCGCCCAUCUACCCGUCGAUCUGCUGUGGCAGCGUGGUAGCUUGGUCAGAGACCGCCAAAACACCAAUUUCCCAACCUGGUCCUGGGGCCUGGGCUUCGACUACAUAUGCUGAGUACGAUGUCUUUUUAAAGGUCCGUGACGUCGAUGUAAUACUCGCCAAUCCCGAAGACCCUUUUGGCGACGUUCAGCAGGCUCGGCUUCUGCUAUCGGGGCAUUUGUUAAAAGUGCGGCUCCUAUUCGAGAGUAGCGAAUAUGGUAAUGAAAUAGUUCCAUAUGUGCUAUUAUUUCUUAAUUGCACUUGGC